AUGUCGUCCACGGUUCUAGAAACAGUGACCUCGUCGGUCCCGCCGACGAAACCAAUUGACCUGACCAAAUUCCCCGAUGGAUUCAAGACCUCGGGACAACACCCACCCGUGUAUUCCCAAGUUCGCCCGUAUGCCGACUUCCCUAAAGUGCACACAGGACCCACGGUCUGGAAAGCGGACGACUACCGAGAUCACCCGGAGCUUUGGACACACCAAUUCGAUGCCGAUGAAAUUCGAGAAAUUAGCACCGCGGCGGACAACUUCAUUGCGCAAGAUUUGCCGUUGACGGGCAUCUCCAAGUCCAACUUCGUUCUUCCCAACCUCUCCAAGCGCCUGGAGGCUCUUCGAAGGGACCUGAUUGAUGGCAAGGGCUUUUAUCUUUUCAAAGGAAUUCCGGUGCGACAGUGGGAUCUGCGAAAAUGUGCCACGGCAUAUAUGGGCCUCGGCACUUACCUGGGUUACUUUGUGAGCCAAAAUGGUCGUGGCCAUGUUCUCGGUCACGUCAAGGAUCUGGGCGAAGACCCGACCAAGACAGACCGAGUUCGAAUCUACCGCACCAAUGCUCGUCAAUACUUCCACACGGAUGGCUCAGAUAUUGUCGGCCUUCUCUGCAUUGCCAAAUCCCUCUCGGGUGGCGAGUCGGACAUUUCCUCCACCCACCAUGUAUUCAAUGUUCUCCAGGAGAGACACCCCGAUGUGGUCCAAACCCUCUGUGAGCCGACGUGGUACUUUGACCGCAAGGGCGAGCUGUCCGAAGGCGAGGAGCAAUGGAUCCGAGGCAGCAUUUUCUAUCUCGAGAAUGACCGCGCUGGCGACAACCCCCGGGUCUAUGCCCGGUUUGACCCCAUGAAUGUGACUUCGUUGUCGCGAUUCAACUCGGGCCCGAAUGCCGUGAUUCCGCCUCUCUCCGACAAACAGAAAUACGCCAUGGAAAUCUUCGAGAAGACCUGUGCGGAACUGUCGCUGCACAUGAUUCUGGCCCCCGGCGACAUCCAGUUCGUGAGCAACUCGCAUGUGUUCCACGCCCGCACGGCCUACACCGACCACCCACCGGGUGCGGUGGAUGAGGAUGGACAACCUGCCCGGCGCCGACACCUGAUGCGACUCUGGCUCUCCGCCCCCGAGUCGGAGGGCGGAUGGCGCCUUCCCUACCACGACAGCUUGGAAAAGAAGCGCGGAGGGAUUCAGGUGAAUGACCAGCCACCCAUCUGCCCGCUUGAUGCGGAGUAG